AAAGUAAGAUGAGAAUAAAACCCUGCACAACAGUGACUCUGCUGUCACGCUCCAUCAGCAAAGCCAGAAGCGGGGCUGCCCACAGCAAGGAGCCGAGCACAGCCUGGCCAAGGGUGCAGUCGUGCAGGACCCAUGGAGGCAAGCAGGAGCAGUUGAAGCACAUGAAUUUCUGAGCACCGUUUCCGCUGCUGCAGCGUUUGUUCACUCUUUCUGUAACCCCACAGGAAGCAGCCCCUGGGCACGAGGUCCAAGCAGCCGCUGCAGGGCACAGUCCCCCAGCACAGAGGUGACCAGCCUGGACGUCUUCCUGUGCCACCCAUCCCCAGAGCCCCGGAGCACGUAUAACCAUGCGUUGAGCUCUGCCAAGGAGAGCAGAUGCCAAACCUGAAUUACCAGCCCAGAGAGUAGCUGCAGAUCCUAGGAGCUCCUGCGAUUUGCGGCAGGUUUUUCAGGCCCCCGCCUGUCACACGCACACGCAGCUACUUAAGCAGUCACCCGAGGACUUGCGGGUUUUUUCUUCUUUUACGCGCUUUUGGUGCCUGCCAGCUCCAGUGCCUGGCCCCAUAGCCCAGAAGGAAAUGGACGCAGAAAAGCCAGUGACUCCCACUGAGGAGCAGCUGGAGAUCCUGGAGUACAACUUCUGCAAGGUGAACAAGCAUCCAGACCCCACCACGCUGUGCCUCAUCGCAGCGGAAACUGGGCUUUCCGAGGAGCAGACCCUGAAAUGGUUCAAGCAGCGCCUGGCACAGUGGAGGAAGUCUGAAGGGCUGCCCUCAGAAAGCGGCUCUGUCAGGGACUAGAGGACACUGCUCCGGUCUCCAUGCCUGCUGUAAAUGAUGGUGAAGAUGUUCAGAGUGGGUUUCCUGUUGCAAAAAGUUUUGAGAUACAAAAUAAUACCCUGCUAUUUAACAUAAUUUUUAUUUAUAGAAAAAAUGCUAUAUAUAUAUAUAAUAUGUAUGUAUAUGUGUAUACAGCUUCUGAUGGUUGCAUAACCAGUUUAAUGAUUCUUAUGCAUUAAUAGAGCUGCACAGGCCAGGCCACCUCAUGCCCUGGUCCUGGGCUGAUGGAAAAGCUGCUAUGAAAGGUUCAAGCACAGGAGUCAGGAAGAAAGAUUUAUUUUCUUUAUGAUUUAGUAUACAGAACAUCCUGAGAGGAGGGCAAUUGGAAAACGUGAUGUGUUGUUUGUGUGGUCUUGGAUGAAGAUGUUAGGAUAUUGACAUCCAAGAUGUUUGGAUAUUGACAAACCAAGUAUCCACAUCAUAAUCAGAUCAAGACAAGAUGAAUGUAUUUUUGUUACAGGUCACCAAAGGAAGAGAACCGGUCUUUUCUUUGUCCAAUGUGUAAAUAAAAACCAAAGACUUUUGGUGAGAG